AUGCCUCGCUUCAUGUUUCUCAUCAAAGCCGAUGCCAUGGCCGAGGCCGUCCAAGCCCAUAUCCCCGUCGACGUCUUCCAGACCAUGACCAAGUUCAACGAGGACAUGGCCGCCCAGGGCAUUCUCCUCGCCGCAGAGGGCUUCCGUCCGACAGCCGUGGACGGCUACCGCGUCAAGUUCAGCUCGAGUACCCCGCCCGAGGUUGUCGACGGUCCGUUUGAUGUCACCAAGGAGGACCAUGUGUGCGGCUUCUGGCUCGUCCAGACAAAAGAUGCCCAGGAAGCCCUGGCAUGGGCGAAAAAAGUUCCCUUUCCCCAAGGCGAACUCGUGGUACGCAGAAUUGGCGAUUGCGAUGAUCUGGGCGGCAGCUUUACGCAGGAAUUGCGGAGCAGGGAGAAGACGCUCAGAGCCAAGCUUGAGGAGAACCGAAAGGCGGCGGGGAUGUAA